GUAGCCCUAUCUCCCCUUUUCCUUUCUUCUCACCCUCUAGUCUCUACCAGAGUGGUUCCAUCCUCGCCGUUGACGACGACGCCGUCCGGCGGCUGGUCUGGACUCUGACUGCCGUCUCCGACCUGGUAAUGAUACUCCUAGCUAUAAGAACUUAAUUUACUCUCCUUGCCGCACUUCUUUCACCGUACAAGAUGACGACCGUUUUACUAUCAAUCCCUAAUCCCUCUUCUUCUUUCCUCGGGAAGAAACUUGGCCGUGAUUUCACCAAGAGGUCUCAAGUGUCCACAGUUGUGUCUACGCGUCCUAAAUGUGCCGUGGAUACACCUUAUGGAGGAAAUAUUCCGGUAUUCCCUCGAGUUAAUGUGUGGAAUCCUUACAAACGCCUUGGUAUACCCAUUGAUGCUUCAGAAGAAGAAGUUUGGGGUUCUCGCAAUUUCCUACUAGAUCAAUAUGGCUCACAUGAAAGAAGUGCAGAAUCAAUAGAAGCUGCUUUUGAAAAAUUAUUAAUGACCAGUUUCGUAAGUAGAAGGAAAUCAAAAAUCAAUCUGAAAAGCAAAUUAAAAAAGAAAGUUGAGGAAUCUCCACCUUGGGUUAAGAAUUUGCUCAGCUUCGUGGAACUUCCCCCAACCGUUAUCAUUCUUCGAAGGUUGUUUCUCUUUGCAUUUAUGGCUGGCUGGAGCAUCAUGAACUCCGCAGAGACUGGACCUGCUUUCCAGGUAGCCAUUUCAUUAGCAGCUUGCAUAUACUUUCUAAAUGACAAGACAAAGAGUAUAGCUAGAGCUUCCAUUAUCGGGUUUGUUUACAUACCUACUUUUUGUUUUCAUUUUCCACGACAACGUUGUAAAUAGAAGUAUAAUGGUCUUCAUUAAUGAUUGGCAGAUUUGGAUCUCUGGUGGCUGGUUGGGUUUGCGGUUCUUUCUUGGUACCUAUGGUUCCUUCGGCCUUGCUCAAUCCAACUUGGACCCUUGAGCUCCUCACUUCUCUAGUUGCAUUUACUUCCUUAUUUCUUGGUUGCACAUUCCUCAAAUGAUAUAUUUCUGUCCAAGUGUACUCCCUAUUUUCUUUGAUUUUUGCGUCUUUUGUGAUGAAAACGCUAGUGUAACUGAGAUAGUAAUAAUACUUUCGGUCUUACAAAGUAGUCCGCGUUUUCUC